AUGAGGCGGAGGCUGCGCCUACGCCGAGAAGCGUUGCUCACGCUGCUCCUCGGCGCCACCCUCGGCCUCCUGCUCUACGCGCAGCACGAAGGCACGGCCCCGACGACGAGCUCGCCGCGAGCACAAGGGAGGACGGCGCCGGGGCCCACUCCAGGGCUCCGUGUAUUUCAGGCCCCGGACACGGGUGCAGCCCCUCCGGCCUACGAAGGGGAUACGCCAGAGCCGCCCACGCCCACGGGACCAUUUGACUUCCGCCGCUAUCUGCGCGCCAAGGACCAGCGGCGCUUCCCUCUCCUCAUUAAUCAGCCGCACAAGUGCCAAGGAAAUGACGCGUUCCCCCGCGGACCCGACCUGCUCAUCGCCGUCAAGUCCGUGGCGGCGGACUUCGAGCGGCGCCAGGCCGUGCGCCAGACGUGGGGUGCUGAGGGGCGCGUGCAGGGGGCGCUAGUGCGCAGGGUAUUCUUGCUGGGCAUACCCAGGGGCACAGGCACAGUUGGGGGUGAGGCGGAGGCGGGCACUCAAACGCACUGGAGCGCCCUGCUGCGUGCCGAGAGCCGCGCGUACGCGGACAUCCUGCUCUGGGCCUUCGACGACACUUUCUUCAACCUAACGCUCAAGGAGAUCCACUUUCUGGCCUGGGCUUCCGCCUACUGCCCCGAUGUGCGCUUCGUUUUUAAAGGCGACGCCGACGUGUUCGUGCACGUGGGAAACCUGCUGGAGUUCCUGGCGCCGAGGGAUCCGGCGCAGGACCUGCUUGCAGGUGACGUGAUCGUGCAGGCGCGGCCAAUCCGCGUGCGGGCCAGCAAGUACUACAUCCCCGAGGCUGUGUACGGCCUGCCAGCCUACCCGGCCUACGCAGGCGGCGGCGGCUUCGUGCUCUCGGGGGCCACACUGCGCCGCCUGGCCGGUGCCUGCGCGCAGGUUGAGCUUUUCCCCAUCGACGACGUCUUUCUGGGCAUGUGUCUACAGCGCCUGCGCCUCACGCCUGAGCCUCAUCCUGCUUUCCGCACUUUUGGCAUCCCUCGACCUUCAGCCGCACCGCACCUCCACACCUUCGAUCCCUGUUUUUACCGUGAGCUGGUUGUAGUGCACGGGCUCUCGGCUGCUGACAUCUGGCUUAUGUGGCACCUUCUACACGGGCCGAACGGGCCAGCCUGUGCGCGUCCAUGGCCUGUUCCUGCUGGCCCUUUCCAGUGGGGCCCCUAG